AUGAAAGAGGAGCUGCAGAAGCUGCAGACCAAGUGGACGGAGCAGCUUCCGGACUCACGGACGUUGGCCAUCGCACAGAAAUCCGCCCGCGAAAAGCGUGAAGUCAUCCAGACAGAAGCCACGCAUAACAAGCUUCAAGGUAUUCUUCUCCAGCAGCAAUUGAUGUUUGCCACUCUGCAAUCCGCCCUCCUCCAUGGGCCUCUGCACUCAAGUGGGAAGGAAAUACUCAAGACUCUACAUUUCAACACUCAACUCAGUCGUGACCCAGGCGAACGUGAGAAAGCGCUCCUGGUGCAUCACGAGAGAUCCGUCGCCACGCUGCCGUCCGCCGUGGACAAAUUUGCGCAAGUCGCGAUCGACAAGGUCCUCGCACAUAGGAAGGGUGCAGAUCUCGACAAACCCGUGACGCCGCUGUCCCAGAUCGACAUCACGGGCUGCAAAGACUUCUCCCUCAUUUCGAGCGUCUUCAUCACUGAGAUACCACACACCUCUCUGGAGAACGUGCACGCGGCCAUCUUGAGAUAUUUUGACGACAUCCCAGCGUGGAUGGAGCGCCAUUUUGGCAUUGCCGCCGAGCGCAAGAGACUCAACAGCGCAGAGUCUCCAGCGGUGUAUUGGCGAUUAAAUCUGGAGGGUGGUGGCCAACCAGCAACAGUGAACCACAUUUUGUGCUCGGAGCUUACGAGCUCGAACGGUAUGUUCCACAUCGACGCUAUCACAGACGAUCCGUUGAAUCCCGUGUCGUCGACAAAUGUGGUGGAAUUUGGGCUCAACGGGAUUACGAUUACCCCGCGGGUACAUCCAAAGACAGGCAAGGUCACCUCCGUGACACUGCGGUGGCUAGUGGUCUACCGCUACAACCUGUUGCCAGAUGACCCUAUUAUUCGGGAGGAGCUGGAGAAUAUCAGACCUAUUCUAAAUGGUGAUCUAAUCACCUCCGCGGUAUGCGGGUAUCUUCAAGAGUCCAGCCCUCAAAGCGAUAAUUUUGGUGCAGUAUAG